AUGCGGCCUGAGCUUUUUCUCGCCCUUUUAGCCUUUCUUUGCGCCUCUUUUUCCACUGGAGAAACACGCUACGAACGCGUCGGAUUUGUAAGGUUUGUUGAAGAUCAAAGAUGGAACUAGCACAGGAAAAUUCAAAAAUUGAGGAGAAAAGAAGAGAAAAAAAUUAGGCCGUAUUUUUGAUACAGUUGAUUUAUUGCUCGCUUGAGAAAAUGAAAAAAAAGGUCCUGACACGAUGGUAGAAGACACAGUACCUGGCUGGUGGAGAACGCACACAUUCCACUCCUUUUUGCGUCCCAAGCUCCGUGAAUGGGGCAAAGUAAUCGCAAAAAAAGAGAAUAUAUAUUAACUUUAACAAUAUGUUCGUAAUCACAGCCACCAUAUUUAUUGAAUGAGACCAAAAUUUAAUGUAUAAAACAACCGCCAAGAAAUACUUGCAGCGACCCGAUCAAAUUGCUGCUACAAGAUAGUUAUUCUUCACUGAAGAAUCGAAUGUACAGCGGCUACCAGAAAAUUUCUCCAUACCGACAGGUGAGCCUUCAAAAACAUUGAAAGAGACUAACUUUGGGAUUCAUGAUAUUAAUCUCAUUACAUAAAGGUCGUUUUACUGAGAAACUAGGGGUUUUAAUAAAUUCUUCAAAAUCUGGAUGAAGACCUGACAGAGUUGCUUUCUGCGAAAACUUCUUGAUUUGGAGAUAAGAUGUUUUGAAGAUAUUAAAACUAAUGAUAACUUUUUGUCUAAACCUUCCGCGAGUGUGAAGGAAUUCUUUAUGAAUAACCGGAGACAGAAGUUUAACGAGUUACCCGUUAUUAGGAACCAAGUGCAAACUCGGGCCUACGUAACGCAAACCGGACGCGCUCAGGACGAUCCUGAGCAUUUCAGUUAAACCCUUAAUAGUGAUAAAAGCCGCUUUAGUGAUCACUAUAAAUGCUCAGAAACGUCCGGACCGCUUCUUGUUUGAGUUCCCGAGGUCCGAAUAACAGGUGACUCGUUAAACUUCUGCCUCUGGUUACUCAUAAAGAAUUCCUUUACACUCGGAGCUAUACGAAUCCGGAAAAAUGGCUAAAAUGUGUUUAUUGAUGGUGGUUCUGAAAGUCUGUAACUCAAAAAAAAAAAAGAAAUUCUGAUUAUUGCGUCCAUGGGUUGAAGUCACGGACAGAGUCCAGUCAAGCGACUUUCGAAAAGUAGUUCCUUGGAAACUAGUCAAUUUCACGGGUUACAGCUACAUCCAGUAUAUAAAGAAGCACUGUGAUCUUUCUUUCAGAAAAAAAAAACAUGUAGAUUCUCGGUUUAAACACUCUCCUUGAAAGAAACAUAAUCUUUCCAAAUCAUUUUAACCCAGAUGAAAGUUUCAGGUGAGGAAACGAAAGUACACGGCCUUCCCGCCCACGUUCUACAGUUCUUUCGGGUUUGGCGCUCUGCCAUUCGCCAGCCGACGACACAUUUCUCUGCCCUACAACGACUUGUUCUUUUCUGGAUAA